CCUAAAUUUGACAUUUUUAUUUUGUCUAAUCUCAUUUUUUUUGGGAAGAACGAGCUUAUCUCUCUCCUCCACAUCCAGCAGCAGGGCUCAUCUCAGAAGCUCUGUUUUGUUACUGUGUGUACGGGGAUUUGCAGAAAUCUGCAUCCCCAGAAAUCAAAGUUUUGUUCUUGGAGGAGGGUUUCAUUAUAUUUUCUGAGGAAUAUUAUAGGGAAAAGGGGGAAAUUCAAAAAAUGGGGAAUGAAGAAUCAUCGGCGGCUAAAAAUGGAGAAAUUGAAACCGAUGUGGUGAUGAAUGUGUAUGACCUCACCCCUCUUAAUCAAUACACCUACUGGUUCGGUUUUGGAAUUUUUCAUUCUGGCAUUGAAGUUCAUGGCAUGGAGUACGGAUUUGGAGCCCAUGAUUUCCCAGCAAGUGGGGUAUUUGAAGUUGAUCCAAGGAGCUGUCCAGGUUUUAUUUACAGAUGUUCUAUUCCAUUAGGUCGGACGAGUAUGUCCCAAUCAGAGUUUCGGUCUUUCAUUGAACGAGUUGCCUCUGAGUAUCAUGGAGAUACUUACCAUCUCAUCACCAAGAAUUGCAACCAUUUCACAGACGACCUCUCCUUUAGAUUGACUGGAAAAAAGAUCCCUGGAUGGGUCAACCGUCUUGCCCGAACCGGUGCUGUGUGUAGCUGUCUGCUUCCUGAAAGCCUGCAAACUACAACUGUUAAACAUUUGCCUGAGUACCAUGAAUGCAUGGAAGAUGGAAUGGAAUCAUCGUCAGCAGACAGUCCUCGUGAGCACACUGAAAGCGAAGAUACAGAUCAAGAUAAACUUCUGCUACAAUCUCCGAGACCUGGAUGUGGUGAUGUUGCUUUUAUAAGGGAAGCAGAAUAACAGAGGUGCAACCGUUCUGUUAGCUUCUUGGAUGUUCAGUAGACGAGUUCUUGCUAGCAAAGAGACCUCUAGUUGAGGAGCUCAUUUAGUCCCACGAUGUUCAUUGAUUCCUCGAUUUCCUUCCCUUUUUGUAUAUUUUUGGCCUCUGCCUUGUUGUUGGAAUUCAGUGAGUUGUAUCAUUGUGUAUUUGUGAUUUCAUUAUCUCAUUGUAUUAGUGAUUUUCCUAAAGCUAAUGAUAUUGAUGGGCAUACAAAUGUUCUAAUUGUAUUAUAUUGUUCCGAGAGCUUUAUGAACUUUUGCCCUUUAUGUGA